AUGACGCAGCAAAGGAAAACUAUGUACGCACAGUCAAUCAGCACUGUCCAAGUUGAGCCUGAGCUGCUGCACGCACCACAACAGUCAAUCUUGAUAGAAGUGACGAGCGAAAAGACAAGGCAUGAACUCACUGACAUUCAAAUUGCGGGCUUUUGCGGUAUUUGCAAUCCGAUCGGUGACACUAAUAUUGAAGCUAUUCACGCUCACGUGGCCGAAUUGGUGUCAACUGCAAAUCAAGCAUUCCGUCACUGGCAGAAGCGCAUUCGACUUGCGUCAGGAGCAUGUGCGGAGCUGGACCAUUCUCUUUCCAAGAUUCUCAAACAACUUUGUGUUGAUGCUCAUAGCCUCGGCUUACGAUGUUACGAGCUUGACAGCGGAGCGACAUUGUCAGCGUUCACGGAGACUCCACACUCAUGCGCCAAACCUCGAAGGCUUCAAGCAUGUAUUCGUGCACUUUCACAGAUUUCCCAGGAGACUCCGCCAAGCUUCGGUGGCCGCCAACCAACAGUCCUUUCACCAGAAACAAGAGAUAUAGUUUAUACCGAGCUGGUGGAACACAAAGUCUGGGUUGCAGCAGCUGGACGUGCAACAACUUUAGAAGAUGUCGCAAACCUGAUGUGUACCGAAUUGACUGACUCACCCGAACGUGAUGUACAGGACACGCCUUUGGUGGAGCAGUGGGCAUCAAUCCCGGGUUCUCUAUUGUGGAUUACAGGUUCCUUGAGAGCGGAGUUGGCUAUACAAGCCGCUUACACAAUUCGAUACAUAAGCCGACGUGCAAGUUCAGCUUCUGCUAUAUGCUAUGUCUUCUGCAAUCAAACUCGAAGUCCCGACGAAAUGACUUUGGAAUUACUGAGAGUGAUCAUUGGUCAGCUAGCACAACAGAAUACUCGCGUUUACGAGAUUCUCAAGGCGAGCGAGCACAAUCCCUUCCAGCGGACUUUCGAAGGACUGUGUUCCUUGAUGAGCGCAAUGCUACACUGUCUUGACCAUGUCGAUUUCGUGAUUGAAGGCCUUGGGAUUUCAGACACUAAUCCGCCCCGGGCGAUCAAUCGGCUAUUUUCAAUGAUACUGGAUGAUAUCUUUUCUCAGACCACAAGAUCCAGGAUAACCACUAUAAGUAUGCUUAUUUUAAGCUAUGAAAGUCCUAACGUACGAGGACAUUCCCAGUACCUCGAGGCAACAAUCAAUGGAAGUACGAAUGGAUUAACGGCGAGCACAUUGGACCCGAAUGUGGAGACUGAGAUGCAACCACCAGUACGAAUCAGGAUUAUCGGCCUCGAUCGAUUGGCAGAAGUCGCUCGAUUGCGUUGGAACCAAGUCACCCCAACCAAUACGAGUCAAGGGAUCAUAAUGGACUCUAUAAGGACACUUUCUCGGACCCUCGCCGAUAACAUCCACGCACGAAGUUUAAAACGCUUCACCGCUGCCUCGCAUGCAAUCGACCGUCUCUUAUCGCAUUUUCUCAUGGACAGCCGUGGCCCAUCAAACUUAUCAAGCUUAAUAGGGCAAAGUCGUGGUCAGGAUUCUCGUGUUGAUUUGUUACAUCCAAGUUUGGUGGAAUUUCUCUCAAUACAAGCCAAAGAGCCUUUGCUACCGCUUGGUGCGUAUUCAACCUCGGUGUCAUCUUCGUCAAUGGCCGUCUUUUGCCUUCGAUAUAUCUGCCAUUCUCAAUUUUCAGCCGAGUCGAAGAGAGGAUUUCGUGAAGAGAAGAGACGCGUAAGUUAUCGAGAUGAAGUAAAUCCCUUCUACCGCUAUGCAGCAAUUACCUGGCAGAAAUUAUCGGCAGACCAUUGGGAUGACUGUGAACUACAAACCGCUGCACGUCAGUUAUUUGAUACCGCGAACUCUUUCAACCUCCGACAAUGGGUAGUCGAAUAUGCUCAGGUAUGGUUUCCAUAUGAUGUUGGGUUUCAAGCCUUGUCGCAUAAGCCCUUGAUGGAGCUUGCUACUGCUCUAGCAGGACCUCAAGACCUACGUCUUCACGUUGCGGCAUCCAUGGGUCUCAGCUACAUGUGCGAACAACUUUCAAAUGGUGGCGCUGAUCUCAAUGCGACUUCUGUAUUUGGCACACCACUAUACGCGGCCCUGGCUGGCCCUGCUGCUUUAGUUGGCCCUUGGGUUCAUAUUGUUCAGGAGCACGCUCGCCUAGACAGAAUUGGAAGCACCAACCCACAUCAGCGUGCCACAAUUCGGAGUUUACUGGAUAGUGGCGCGCAAUGCAACAUAGAGUCUUCCACCAAGGACCAGACUAUAUCCACCGGUAUAGUCGCUUUGAUAACAUGCUCCAAGCUGAGAGAUGCCAACACAUUCUUUCGGAUAAUCAAAGAGCAAGCCGCAAUCGAUUCCACCUUCGCAACAUAUUUUCAACGGAGCUAUUUUCUAGAAAGCUUGAACUCCACACAUUCUACAAACAAGGAAGCUCGGAGCUAUUUGAAUGAGCUGUGCGAAGGUCUAGCUCAACAUACGAUCGCAAGUUAUGAACAAAGUCCUGCAUCGACAGUGGUUUACGAUCAAUUAUGGAAUUACACCUUGGCGAAUAAGCUUGAUUGGUUUGAAAAAAUUGACGGGCAACGUGUCGCCGAUAUUCUGGAUAUGAGCGAUGAAGAAUAUGAUACGUUCGUUACGACAAAAGCCAUCGAAGGCUUGAACGUAAUGCGUCUUGUGUCAAAAGACCCUCGCUUCAAUCCAAACAAAAUUGGUAAAGAUGGCCAUCCGCUGCUGUUGAAAGUGUUGGACCAGGGACUUGAACUAGUCAGGCUCAUUGUCGAGAAAGGAGCCGACCUUUCAGUAAGAGAUAAUGAUGGGUUAACAAUUGCCCAUUUAAGCGCGCAGCAAUGUAAGAAUGAUGUUCUGCGCUACGUCGUCGAGCAGGGGGCGGCUACAGGGCUCGUUCCUGUCAAGGAGGACGGCUCGGUCGGGAUUAAUUUGGCAGGGUGCAAUGUGUGGCAUUUUGCAGCAAAGAGUAGCAUGGAGACAUUAGAAACCUUGGUGGAGAUUGGUAUCCAAAAUGCGGAAGAAUUGUUCGUCACUUGCGGCCUUGGACAUACACCUUUAGCCGGUAUGUUACUAGGGCUUCAAGCUUCUCACCAGGCAUCCAAAUCAUCUACGAAUACACUCGAUGCUGUUAUUCAACUACUGCGCAAGAUCCACAUUCGGGAUCAUAGACUGUUUGAUGCGAACACACCUAUUAUACAUAAAGCUGCACAACUAGGAUCACAGCAACUCAUAGAGACACUGUUGGCUAUGGGCGCCAAAGUAUCUCUAGACUCUACCGGUUCAAGUCCCCUUCACGUUUGCCUCGUCGAGGCUGGGCAGCCGUACUUGCGCUACGUUCGAGACAUAUGUAUCGACCUACCUUUGCAAAAUGCAGCGGGAUACACGCCAAUUGAAACGUUGAUAUCGGCAAGAAUUAAAGGAACCGAGAACAUACCUUCAUAUGUUAACGACGCCUUGCUCUGUACUGCAACUAAGCAAAGCAGAGACUCGAAAGGACAGGGCCUGUGGGAAAGAACAUGCACCCAGCUGAUUCCUUGCUUCGUAUUGGUAAAAGGUUCGAUGCAUUCAGUAAUCGUUCCAUUUGUAUAUCAUCUCAUCGAACAUGGUGUCAUGCACGAGUAUGAGGCCACAUCGAAAGCUUCUGGGGUGAUGGUACUUCUCGAGGGUCUUUCUGAGGCUGAGACUGUCCCCGUAUGGUUGGCGCAGAUUAUAUGCCGUAUUCUUCAACGUACCAAACACGAAAAGUCUCUUACAGGUGGCCAGAAUGUCGCCACCUGUUUAAAGUGGGCGACAAGGAUCAACAAUUUCCAACUUGUUCAUCUGAUGCUUCGGCAUGGGGCACAUGUUCACGAAGAGGCAUCUAAGAUUUCGGCGUUGCAGGCAGCUUGUCUGAGUCCGAUUUGCAACUUAGCAAUGUUCAAUCUACUUCUCGAGAAUGCUGAUGUAACAAAGCUGAAUGAUCUAGGGCAGCAGGGGCUUGGCCUCGUACAUCUACUAACCCAGAAGGAUGUCAAGCAACGAGAAUCAAAAUUAAGGGCUUUACUAAGCAAGGGAGCUAAUCCAAAUCUUUGUUCCAAGUUUGGGCUGCCUGCACUAGUCAUGUAUAUAAUGGAAGACCAUUCGGCGUGCAUUGAUGUACUGCUUGAGUUCGGUGCAGACGUCAAUGCAAAAAAUCAGGAUGGAAAGGAUGCUGCUUUGAUGGCUGCAUCCCGCGGUAAUCUUCCUGUGUUGUGGAAGCUGUAUAACGAUAGCAGGCUAAAGGUCGACUGGCACGCAACUUGCUUUGCCACAUUCAAUGUGCGACGUCCCGAGGGCUUUAUCAAAUUGGAGUUUUCGGGUGCCAAUGCGCUGCACUUGGCUGCCCUCAAUUGCUCGCUCGAGGUCUUGGAAUUCUACCUGAAGAAUAGCCUAGUUGAGACUUUGGAACUUGCCACAUUUCCAGAUUAUUAUCGCCUGUUGCAUUUUGCUUCUCUGGGUGGUUCCAGUGCAACAAUCAAGAGUAUUGUGGAAUGGGGUGCAGAUAUAAAGACGCGCACGAGAGACGGCAGUUCGGCACUCAACAUUGCUGUACAAAUGAACCAUGCAGGAGCGGUCAAAACGCUUAUCGAUCUUGGGUCGCCGGUUGAGUCCUUUGACAACUUUCGCAACACACCACUGAUUUACGCCUUAAGAAUUGGUUCGAAGGAGGUCAUUGAUACGCUUCUAAAUUCUCGCCCACCGCACGGCAAGGACACGCCACUUCAAGACCCGGCAAGCUUCUCUCAAAAGAGGAUCAAGUAUCUCUCCGCUGCUCUUGAUACCGCUAUCAGGAGAUCGGACCUUCGAUUGUGCCGACUGUUAUUGACUGCGGGUUGUUCCUUCAAAACUCCCCUGCCUUCUUGUCACGGAUGCACACCCAUAAUGGCGGCAUUAGGGCAAGACCGCGCUGAUAUCGCGUUAUGGCUAUUAGAAGUUAUGGAAAAGGAAACGAAGCGAUCAGCAUUGGACGGCCAGUGCAACAAACACUAUGAAAACGGUACAACAUCCCUUGGGAUUGCUUGCAGUAUGCAAAACUGCGAGAAGGUUCUGCCCACGCUCCUCGAAACAUAUUCUGAAGCUGGCAUAAACUGGCUGCAAUGGCCACUUGGUCCGCUUCAUUUGUGUGCUGCGAAAAACAAGCCAAAGGCACUGCGCUUAAUUCUAGACUAUGUCGUGAAGAACGAAGUCUGCCUCAGGACACGGUUUCCCGAUCUUCCAAAGCAACUCGACAGAUGGGCCCUGAACCAGAUGAUCACUGCUUCAGAGCUUGGUGAACCAUACGAUGUGGGCCUCACGCCUCUGAAUGUUGCAAUUCAGAAGGAAUCUACCGACACGGCGAGACUGCUCCUGGAAGCUGGCGCUAAUCCCAAUCUCCAGGACUUAUAUAGGAACGCUCCUCUCCAUCUAGCAGUCGAGGUAGGGUGUCUUGAUAUUGUCAAAGAACUGAUCAAGCAUGGCGCUCAAACAGAACGUCAAAAUAGUGCAGGCUAUAGUCCCUUGAUGCUGGCUGUUGAAGAAGGCCUUCUCGACAUUGCAAAGGCCCUCAUUGAGGCUGGCGCCGAUACGUCGGUCUGUAACGCCAAUAGGAUGUCACUGCUCAACAUAGCAGGCGACUGGUCCGAAAACCCAGCAAUCUUUCAGUACCUACUUGGGUUUGGGCUCGACCCAUACAAAACAGACAGUUUUGAUUGUUUUCCACUCCAUGACGCGAUAUCCAACCCGGACCUUACAACAUACGUCGUCAACUCUGAUGUGGACUUCUAUCGGGCUUGUGAGCAUGACGUUCCCAGGAACCUUUUGUCCUCGGCGCUAGAACAUAGGGGAAUUCUCCCCAGACUGAUGCGUCGCAUCCCACCACAGUUCCUACCAGAUCGUCUUAUCAACGUACGGCCUGCACAAUACCAAAGUCCGUUGUGCCAUGCCGCGAGAAGAGGCGGCAUCGAAAAUGUGAAGAUUCUGAUCCAGUAUGGGGCAGACCUUGAGUUCGAGGGAUGUGAUGAGGGGACCGCUGUCAUGGCUGCGUCUCGAGCUGGCCAUCUUGAAGUGGUUCAGUACCUCGUGAGAGCAGGGGCCACUGUCUGCUACUUCAAGAAUGGGAUAAUACGAAGCGCCCUUACCGAGGGUAAAAGAUUUGAUGCCGUUGUACAGUGGCUGUUAGUUGGGCGAUGGAUGGACCAACCACAGAUUCCGCUACACGCCGACGAAAGUACCACAGACUCCAACACCAGGCUAUGGACUGGUGUCGUCAUGGCUGAGAUGGAACUUACAGGGGUAAGCAAUCAAUAUGGCCAUGCAUGGGACGAGACGAUGUUGGGAUAUCUGCAACGUCUGAACGAGCUGCGAUUGGACCUUCGGGGGAAGGUUGUUCAUUCAGUCAGAUGGCAUUAA